AUGGGUACCAUCAUAACCAAGCGCCGAUGGAGGUGGAUUGGACGUGUUCUCAGAAAAGACCCCCAGUCAACAACUAGAACAGCACUGCAUUGGACACCAGAGGGCAAAAGAAAGAGGGGGAGGCCUAGAACAUCAUGGCGAAGGACAGUAGAAGGCGAGAUGAAGGCAAUGCACCAGACCUGGGGAUCGUUGACAAGGCUAGCCCAGGACAGGCAAGGGUGGAGGAAUUUUGUUGCUGCCCUACACACCACAGGGUUUUACUUGGAUGCAAUAUGUGGGGAAAUACUCACAAUCAGCGGGCUACCCUCCAUUCGCCUUGACCUGACCCAGGACAGCAAGUAUAGAAAUAACAUGGACUGUACCGUCACUGUGAGCAAUGCCCCUGCCUCUACCAGCACCACCAACCAUAAUAGAAUCAUGAUUGUUGUCAGGAAGUUGAAUAUCAAGGGUUCCGUCUAUUAUGGCUGUGAUCCAGGUUACGAUCAAUUGUACAUUUAUGAUGGACCUUCUACCUCAUCAUAUAAAGUACCAGGCCUGGAUAAAAGCGUCUGUGGGGAGGACGAGCCUUUAGGGGCAUACAUGUCCAGUGGGGAUACAUUGACAUUUAGAUUUGUAUCCAACUCACUGAGUGUUGACGCUGGCUUCAAACUCCUUUUAACGCCCUUCCAUACAG